UGAGGGGGCGGGGCCAGGGGGAGGUUCCGCCUAUCGCCGCCCGGCGUCGUCGUCAUAGCGACGGCGGCUGCGCGGCUGUGAGGAGCUUCGGCUGCGCUCUCCCCCCCCAUAGCUGCAAUGGGUUCUGCACUUUCCCUCUCGGCUACCAACCCAGCUUCCAGGCAGAGGAGGAAGGCUGACGGUGCUGCUGAUGGUGAUGAUGAUUUACUCGAUAGCCAAGACCGCAAUGAGGACAUUGCCAAGUUUCCAUACGUUGAAUUCACGGGUCAGGACAGCAUCACCUGCCCCACUUGUCAAGGCACUGGCUGUAUUCCCACAGAACAGGUAAAUGAGUUGGUGGCUUUGAUACCCUACAGCGACCAGAGGCUCCGUCCACAGAGAACGAAGCUCUAUGUCCUCCUGUCGGUGCUGCUCUGCCUUCUCAUCUCAGGGCUGGUGGUUUUUUUCCUCUUUCCACACUCAGUCCUGGUGGAUGAUGGCGGCAUUAAAGUGGUUCAAGUCUGGUUCGACAGGAAGAACUCGGUUGUCCUUCUUGCCAUCACGGCCACUUUACGGAUCAGGAACUCCAACUUCUACUCAGUGACAGUGGACAGUCUGACCAGUCAAGUGCAGUACAUGAACACUGUGGUGGGCAGCCAGCAGAUCACCAACAUCUCCAACAUCCAGCCCCUAAGCGACAAGCUGGUGAAUUUCACAGUGAAGGCAGAGAUGGGAGGACCUUUCUCCUAUGUGUAUUUCUUUUGCACGUUUCCCAAGGUGAAUGUGCAUAAUAUAGUCAUCUUCAUGAGGACGUCGGUGAAGCUCUCCUACAUGGGCCGCAGGACACAGAGCUCUGUGGAAACGUAUCACUACAUCGACUGCAGCACCAACAACACGGCCGACCCUCCCCCUCUGCCAGCCCCCUCCCUGCACGGCGUGGCUCUGAGCAAACCCUGAGCUCCCUGCUGUGCUCUGGGGGUGGUGAUGGUGCAAUAUGGUGAAAUAUGAAACGUGUAGCUGUGAAAAAGGGACUUUCAGCUGGAAGCAGAAGGAUUGCGAGCGACUUUAGGAGACUUAAAGGCUCUGGGUCCCUUUUACACUUUGUUGCCUGCAGCUGGGCUGCACUGCUGGCUUGUCCCUGACAUCCUUGUUGUCCAUGUACAAGCCACCAGCUCCAGAGCGAGAGGCCUGCCUUCCUCUCGAGUUCUUUGACCACUGUUUUGUGUAGGGGAACUGGGGACUCAAACUCUGUGCUUUGGGGUCCAAGGAUGGGACUCAAACUCUGUGCUUUGGGGUCCAAGGAUCUCAAAGGCUUAGAUCUCAGUUUUGGAGUUUAACGCUGUGUCUGCUCCUUCCAGGGCAAACUUGAGUCCUGUGUGAUUUAUCCCAGUUCUGUUUGAUGGCAGCCUGUCGCUGGCAUCUUUCAGAGCAAGACUUGAUAAAAAGGGAUCAUUCUGUGCCAGGAAUGCACUGAGAUGGUGAAAGCUGUGUAACUUUUCUUACCUGUAUAACUUGCACUAAGAGGAGGAAAGGGAAUUGAAACCACCAGAAUGCUUUCUCCUUUGCUGGCAGCUGAGGUUGUUUCCAGAGCGACCCAAUACCAAAACACCAGUCUUAAUGAGGACAGCCUCAUUAAGCAGGGUGCUGCUGGUGUGGGAAGGGUCCCUGUGGCUUUGACCCCCUGAUCUAUGCGUGGCUCUGAAGCUGCUGCUCGGUGUGCGUGGCAUUCAGCAGCUGUGAAUCCCCUGGUGUUGAAGCCAGAGGAGCUGCAGCUCAGUGCUGCUUUGUAUUUGUGCCCUCUGCAGCUGAGCGCAGACCUGAACUGAUUUCCUUGAAGAUAAAAGGGGAGUUUUGUAUUUCGGAGCGGACCGUUCCCAAAGGAUGGCAAAGCAAACAAACCUGCUGCCGCAGUUCAUCCUGCUGCAGUUCUAUGGGGCUGUUUGCUGUGUUUGCAGUUUGGAGGAAUUAAAACUUUGUUCUGCUUUCUCCCUUUCUGCUUCUUCUGCAACCACAUCACUGCAGCCUCCUUGUUUCCCCUGUGCUGCUCUCCAUCCAUCUGGGUAUGGAAACAAAGUGCCCAAAGGCUGCAUGGAAAUAGCUCUGGUGUUGUUUUUUUCAAUGAAGGAUGCUUUCUCUUGUUAAGUGUGAAAUAAAAAUGUCCUUUGUUUGUUAA